GCGUGCGUUCGCCUUCUAUUGCGCUCUCUUGUUAAUGGCGGGCGACGGCUGCUGAGCGGGACUCCGAUAACCGCUGCCCUCACGGGGAAGGUCUCCCCUAACUCCCGCUUUCUUCUCCGCGCCAUUUCCGGAGCUCGCCAGCAUGUCGGUGGUUCCACCCAAUCGUUCGCAGACGGGCUGGCCCCGGGGGGUUACCCAGUUCGGCAAUAAGUAUAUCCAGCAGACGAAGCCCCUCACCCUGGAGCGCACCAUCAACCUGUACCCUCUUACCAAUUAUACUUUUGGUACAAAAGAGCCCCUCUAUGAGAAGGACAGCUCUGUUGCAGCCAGAUUUCAGCGCAUGAGGGAGGAAUUUGAUAAAAUUGGAAUGAGAAGGACUGUAGAAGGGGUUUUGAUUGUACAUGAGCACCGGCUACCCCAUGUGUUACUGCUACAGCUGGGAACAACUUUCUUCAAAUUACCUGGUGGUGAACUUAACCCAGGAGAAGAUGAAGUUGAAGGACUAAAACGCUUAAUGACAGAGAUACUGGGUCGUCAAGAUGGAGUCCUGCAAGAUUGGGUCAUUGAUGACUGCAUUGGUAACUGGUGGAGGCCAAAUUUUGAACCUCCUCAGUAUCCAUAUAUUCCAGCACACAUUACGAAGCCUAAGGAACAUAAGAAGUUGUUUCUGGUUCAACUUCAAGAGAAAGCAUUGUUUGCAGUCCCUAAAAAUUAUAAGCUGGUAGCUGCACCAUUGUUUGAGUUAUAUGACAAUGCACCAGGAUAUGGACCCAUCAUUUCUAGUCUCCCUCAGCUGUUGAGCAGGUUCAAUUUUAUAUACAACUGAGUAUCUGCAGCAGAGGAGAAGAAAAAGAAGCCGUCUCUGUGAGCACAGCUAUACACAGUGUAGAAGAAUAAAUGUCUUAGUAAAGUUUUUUUGGUUUUAUCCCUUUCCCAAUCCCUAAAUUGUCGCCUACUUUCUAUUGUUUGAAUAGUAAAGUUCAUAUGAGGAACUAGAGAGUGGUGCAAACAAAUGUGAUAGUGUUUAUUUACUUUUGGUUCUACUCAUGCAUUUUUGUACAACAUUAAAGAAAGCAAACUUCUAUUUGUAUUCUUUUUUUAAUUUCUCAUUAAACUUUCAAAAUCUCUUAAGUUGAGGAUUGUUCUUUCCCUCCUUUAGGCUGGUGAAUGUUAAAACAGUGGCAGUUUAGAUCAGUUGGGUUUAUGGGACCCUUGUUCCAAUACCAUUUUGGGGCACAUACUCCAAACCCAUUAGGACAUUUGUGAUGAGGAUCUUUCAUAACUUUUGGGAACUAUAUUUGUCUGAGUCCAAGGUGCAAUUCCUGUACCACAUUUUACUGAGUUCUCUUACUGAGAACUCCCAGGAUAUUAACUCACCAGUAUGCUUUACAGCCAUCUAGGCCUUAGUAACAACAGACUUUAAACAUAUGGGAAACCAUUAAAAUUAGCUAGGUUAGCAAAGUCAUAGGACUUGGUACAAAAAGAGACCCUUUUAGAUAGAGCUCAUGUAGUAUUGUUUCUUCAUACAGUGGGAUUAUUGAUUAUUUGUAGUAUGUGAAAUUGUUUUUUAAUUAUCCUUAGAGCCAUGGUAAUACUAUUAGGUUAUGAUGUCUUAGCUUGCAAAGUUAUCUCAACUAACUUGAGUUUAUAUCCAUAGAGAUGGAAACUUGGUUUUAGCAAGUGACAAAAGCCUUUAAAAAAUUUUUUUUUUGAAUAAUUGAAAUCAGCUGAACUCUAGGGGCAGGGUAGAAGAAAAAUUUUGUCAGGAUAAGAGAAAAGUGCCAAAUUUUAAAAGGUUUGGUAAGUUUUUGAUAGGUAGAAAUGAACUUCUGAUUAGUUCCUAUAUUUUUAUGGUACUGAUCACAAGGCUGGUAUUCUGAAUAUGGAGUGGUCAAAGAUAUGUCAUAUUCUUCCCUAUUUAGACCUGAUUGGGCCAAGAGUGGCUGAGGAAUUGUAAAUAUUCACAUUUAUUUAAUUGGAGUCAUUUCAAAUCUUCACAUGGUUGUGAAGUAGCGACUAUACCUCUGCUCAUGCUUUGUAAUAGGAGAGCACCAGUCUCCCUGACCAAGAGUGACAAGUCAGUUCCUUUGAAAAAGCCACUAAUCUUGUGAAUAGUCCUCUUCCCUCAGGGGUUAACAAUCUUGUCCCUCUGAUUUAUGUUAGCCUAUUUCUAAUGUAGUAUAGUUUUACUGGUUUGAGUCCUUCAGUUGAUCCUUCACGUUGAGGGAUGCAGAUGGGUUGAUCCAGCUCACUUUCCCUGAUUGCUUUGGCAUCUGAAAGACAACAUUUCAGAUGUUAGCUAUUGCAAUACCAGGAGGGUGGUGAUUGAAACAUGCUGUCAGUUUAAGGAGUGUUUGAGUUAAAGUCGUCUGACUCAAGGCCAGUUACUGCACUUUGUAACUCCAACUUCGACCUAGAAAGUCUUGGUCACUUUUUCCCAAUACAAAUGCCUGAGCCAGUCAUCUGUGCACCAGAAUCUAGUGAGCAAAACCUUUGAUUUAAAUUGGCUGUGUUAUUGACCUCGGGAUGUAAGAGAUCUAGUUCAUACUGCAUAAACACCAACUAAAACUUGGAUCCUGGUGGACAUAGAACUAGGGGGAUUAAAAUUUGGUUUGUUCCUGUUAAGCCUUAGAAGAGGAUGUGGGCACUGAUUAAGAUCUGAUACAUAAUUUCUUACCACACUAACAGUCUUAAAAUUUGCAUUCCAAUGAUCUUCAUACUAAAUAUUGGAUAGGUUUUAAGCUCUUGAUUAACAGGCAUAUUUUUGAGUGCUUACUAUGUCCCAGGUUUAUCUACAAAUGAAAGCCCACGUUUACAAUUGUAUAACCACAAUUUAUUCCAUCUUAUUUUUAACGAGUAAUCCAAGUAGAAGUAGAGGGGAGGAACUUUUUAGUUUAGUUUUAGUUUUUGUUUGAAGUCUUAUUUAGUAUUGACAUCCCUUUGGAGGAAAGUGAAAUUUCCUUUUUCCACUUCAGUGAGGAGGAAAUUAUGCCAUUUUAAGCAUUUAAAUUUUUUUCCUCUUUAAAAAAAAGUAGGCAAUGCUUAAAAUGGCACAAUUCUGUCCAUAAUUUGUACUAUUAACAGUAUAUUCCAAAGAUUUUAAUUACAAUUUCUACAUUAUAACCGUCAGCUUACAGUUUCCUUUCUUAAAUGAUGUGACACUUAUGUCCUCAGCUUUUUCAGUUACCUACUCAGUCACUUGAGAUAAAAUGCUUGGAGUAGCUUUUCCAUAUUUUAGUUCCUCAAACUUAAUGUUUUCACUAGUAUGUUUGGAACAAUGUGUGCUGAUUGCUAAGACUGCUGCAGAGAAUUGGUUGCAUUGCCAAAAAUGGCUUAGUGGGUUUUGACUAUAAUGUAAGUCAGCUUCUGUAAUGUAAGAUUUGAUGUUCCCAUACUUAUUUCACUUAUUUUCACAUCACUUAUUGUUUGGGUUAGACUCAUUUCAAGGGGUUUGUUUUUGUUAUUUAAUUAUAUAAUGAGCCAGGCAGAUUCCCAGUCAAUCUGGAGGCUGAAGCAGGUUUGCAAGUUCAAGGCUAGCCUCAGCAACUUAGCAAGACCCUGUCACAAAAUAAAAAAUUGAAAGGAUCAGAGAUAUAGCUCAGUGGUGAAACACCCCUGGAUUCAAUCCCUAGUACCUAAAAAAGAAAAAGAAAGAAAGAAAAGAUAUGUGUAAUGAGAACCAAUGAAUAAUACUGUGAUUUGACUUGAGCCAUGCUUUUAUUUUUUCACCCUUUCUGUGCUGGGGACUGAACCCCCAGGGCUUUGCCCAUGUUAUGCAAGUGCUCUAUUACUGAGCUACAUUCCUAGCCCUAAAUUUCUAUCAUUUUUUUGUUUUGUCUUGCAAAAUGCUGGGGAUUGAACCCAGGGCCUCAACCAAGCACUGUAACACUGAGUUAUAUUACCAACCCCAUAAGAUGCAUUUUAAUAUUAGCUCAUAAUUAUCAAUCCUGUUUUGUGAAAAGAAACUAAGAUCUACAAGUCUAAAUUAAGCCAGCUUAGGUAUACUUUUUAAUCCUAGGAAUUGUUAAGAAUAGAGGUAAAUUGGGAAAGUAUGUUAACAGCCAGGUGUAGAUUCACACCUGUAAUCUCAGUGACUUGGAAGGCCGAGGCAGAAGGAUCGAAGGUUUGAAGCCAGCUUCAGCAAUAUAGUGAGCAACUUAGUGAGACCCUGUUUUGAAAUUAAAAAAUAAAAAACUGGGUAUGUAGCUCAGUAGCAAAGCAUCCUUGGUUUCAAUCCCCAGUAUCCAAAAAUAAAAUGUUGUGUUAUGCUGUUCUAUUGAGGGAAGAAUCAAUGUGUUUAAAAACUGAAACCUUUGGCUGGGAGUGGAGCUUGGUUGUAGAGCACUUGCCCCGCAUGCGUGAGGCCCUCAGUUCAAUCCCCAGCACCACAAAACAGAACAAAGGACAAGAACUUUUGUUUACUGUAUUCAUGUCAUGGUAUACAAGUACCAUUUAUAGGUUGGCUUUGAGAAUUUUUCUGAUAUUGUUUAUAGGAAAUGUAUAAAAGAAAUGGUUUGAAGUUUUGGUUAUAUUUUUAUAUUUGUAAAGCAAGAGUUUGAUUAAAAUGGUCACUGUU